AUGCAUUGAAAGUUGACAGUGGCUUCUCGUUUCAGUAGCGCUGCUGCUAACCUCUGUGUGAGUGGGGGAAUGUUGCAGUUCAUCCAGAAGCAGAUUCAUGGUCACAUAGUGGAACGCAGGAUUCGCCGGACGCGGCUCGUGACCAAGGAUGGCCACUGUAACAUUGAAUUUGGCAACGUGAAGUAUCACAGCCAUUUUGCUUACCUGAUGGACUUUUGGACCACCUUUGUCGAGAUCCGAUGGCGCUUUGUUAUAUUCUCCUUUGUCGCUGCUUUCACUGGAAGCUGGUUCGUCUUCGGCCUGCUGUGGUACUCGAUUGCAAAGAGCAAUGGGGACUUGGAGGCAGUGGAGGGGGAGCGUUCUGCUGAUGGCCAUACAAAGUGCAUAGACAACAUAAAUGGUCUCACAACUGCCUUCCUUUAUUCUUUAGAGACCCAGACAACCAUUGGAUACGGUGGGCGAGCUCUGACUGGCCACUGCGCUGGCACAGUGGCCCUUCUUGUCAUCCAGUCACUCAUGGGUGCCAUCAUAAACUGCUUCAUGUGUGGCCUCAUUUUGGCCAAAAUAUCUCUACCCAAAAAGCGAGCCAAGACGGUCACCUUCAGCGACACGGCGGUCAUCUGUUUAAAGAAAGGAAGCCUCUGCCUGCAGAUUCGGGUGGCGAACCUACGCAAGACCCUGCUUAUCGGCAGCCAGAUUUACGGGAAGCUGUUGAGGACCACCAUCUCGCCAGAAGGAGAACCCAUCAUCCUAGACCAGGUGAACAUUGACUUCCUGGUGGAUGCAGGCAAGGACAACCUCUUCUUCGUCUGCCCUUUGACGCUGUACCACGUGAUCGACAGUUCCAGCCCCUUUGCAGAGAUGGCGGCGGACACCAUCCAGCAGCAGGAGUUCGAGCUGGUGGUCUUCCUGGAAGGGGUCGCUGAGUCCACCAGCUCAUCCUGCCAGGUGCGCACAUCUUUCAUCCCAAGCGAGAUUCAGUGGGGCUACAGCUUCCUGCCCAUCAUCUCUCGCACCAAAGGGGGCAAGUUCCGGGUCGACUUCUCCAACUUCUCCAAGACCGUACCGGUGGUUACUCCACAUUGUGCCUGCUGCUAUCUGAAUCAACUGAACAGCAAUCUUAUACUUCACCAGCAUGGUCAGCAAGGCAUCGAUAACCCUGGGUUUGACGUUACUUCAAUUAGCAUUGAAGAUUCAAUGGACAACACUCAAAUGUGA